UCCAGCCAUCUCCAUCUCUCUUCUUCGCCCCGUCCCACCCAGGAUAGGAUCGCUCAACGUCGUCCUUCCCCUACUCAUCCUCUACAUCACGCAAAAAUGGCAGCUCGAGGCCCUGGUGCUCCCGGUGCUCGCGGAAUGAACACGCGCUUUGCCCAGUUCAAGCUCGUCUUGCUUGGCGAGUCCGCCGUUGGAAAGAGUUCCAUCGUGCUGCGAUUCGUCAAGGAUCAGUUUGACUCGUACCGCGAAUCCACCAUCGGCGCCGCCUUCUUGACACAGACCAUCUCUCUCGACGAGAACACCACGGUCAAGUUCGAGAUCUGGGAUACCGCCGGACAGGAGCGAUACAAGUCUCUCGCCCCCAUGUACUACCGCAACGCCAACUGUGCCGUCGUCGUCUACGACAUUACCCAAUCGGCAUCUCUGGACAAGGCCAAGGCUUGGGUCAAGGAAUUGCAGAGGCAAGCCAACGAGAACAUCAUCAUCGCCCUCGCCGGCAACAAGCUGGACUUGGUCACGGAACAGCCCGACAAGCGAGCCGUUUCCACAGAAGAAGCCGAGGCCUACGCCCGCGAGGCCGGCCUUUUAUUUUUCGAGACGUCGGCCAAGACGGCCGAGAACGUCAAGGAGCUCUUCACGGCCAUCGCCAAGAAGCUGCCGCUUGACCAGGCCGGCCCUAGGCAUGCCCGCCCCGGACAGCGACAGGGCGUCAGCCUGCAGCCCGAGACCCCCGGAAGCAACGUCGGCGGGCCUUGCAGCUGCUAAACGACGACGAAGACGACGACGACGACGCAAAACGAAUAUCGUGUUAUCAACCGAGCCCAGAGAACCAACCGGUGGACGGCGGGGCGAAGCUCUUUUCUUUCUUUUUUCCCUUCCUUUUCGUCGAGACGAGGCAGGCUCCCGUUGGCAGAUUGCUCAAAGCCGACCCGUUAGCCAAGCACUGAACAAACACCACCAGCAGCACGUACACGACGGCGUUUAGGGCUGGACGGGAUCGGACAGCGUUGUCGCGCACCCUACACCGAACUAAGGGGGAA